AUGCUGUUUCUCUCCCGCACCGCCCCUCGCCUCGCGACCAGGUGUCGCACCACAACCACAACCGCAGCCGCCCGCCCCCUCCUCGCGACGCUCGCGACCAGCAAGCCCAGCAAACCCCGCUUCUACAGCAGCGCGGCAGCAAACCUGCCUGAGUUCUCCCUCAAGGACAAGGUGCUCGUCGUGUCGGGUGGCGGGCGAGGUCUGGGUCUGGUGCAGGCCGAGGCGCUCCUCGAGGCGGGCGCCAGGGAGGUGCACGCCAUCGACAGGCUCACGUCGCCGAGCGAGGACUUUGCACGCGUGGCGGACAAGUUCUCGGCGGCGUUGGGGAGCGGCAGCGCGCUGCAGUACCACCGGAUCGACGUGCGCGAGUCCGAGGCGCUCAAUGGCGCCGUCGAGGCCAUCGCCGAGCGCCACGGCCGCAUCGACGGCCUGAUCGCCGCUGCCGGUGUGCAGCAGGCCACCCCGGCGCUCGAGUACAACCAGGAGGACUCGGAUCGCAUGCUGAGCAUCAACGUCACGGGCGUCUUCAUGACGGCCCAGGCUGUCGCCAGGCAGAUGGUCAGGCUCGGCCAGGGCGGGAGCAUUGCGCUCAUCGCGUCCAUGAGCGGCACUAUUGCCAAUAAGGGGUUGCUUUGCCCUGUAUACAACGCCUCCAAAGCCGCAGUCAUCCAGCUCGGUCGCAACCUGGCAGCCGAGUGGGGCCAGCACGGCAUCAGGGUCAACACCAUCUCGCCCGGCUACAUCGUGACGGCCAUGACGGAGGACCUGUUCAAGGAGCACCCAGAAUACCGCACCAAUUGGACCAAAGAGAACAUGCUGGGUCGCCUCAGCGCCCCCGAAGAGUACCGCGGCGCUGCUGUCUUCCUGCUCAGCGACGCCAGCAGCUUUAUGACGGGUAGCGACCUCAGGAUAGACGGUGGUCACGCCGCCUGGUGA